CUAAACUCGUGACCCCCUGCCUCUGCUUUCUGAGUGCUGGCAUGGCAGAGACGUGCCACCCACCCACCUGUCCCAGGGCAUUGUUUUUCCCACACUGCCUUGGUCCCCCUGGGGCGGUCCCCACUGUCCCCCACAGAAACCCCAGUCUUGGUCCGGCAUGCCCCCAGGGGACAGGGGGAGGCAGGUGCAGGCAGGAGGGCAGAGGGUUGUACCCAACGGCAGUGCCCUCCUGGAACCUGGGCCACUUGCCUGCCACCCAGCACCCUGAGCAGAGGUGGCCAGGGCGGCUCUGCACAGUGACAGGAUGGGGGUGCGGCCCUCCAGCCCCUUGGACAAACGGCAGCAGCAGCAGCUGAGGGGUCAAGUGGACGGCCUGCUGAGGGCCUUCUUGCCCUGUUACCGCAGGCAGCUAGCAGCAGCCAUGCUGAGGCAGAUCUCCAGGGAGCUAGAACCCCGGGAGACCGUCGGAUGCCAGCUGUCCCACACCAAAAAGCUGCCUCGAGUCCGGGAGCACCAAGGACCCUUGACCCUGCUGUGGGGACACCCACCACAGUGGCAACCCACCUUCUGUGUCCUGCGUGGGGAUGGACGUCUGGAAUGGUUCAGCCGAAAGGACGAGUAUGAGUCUGGGGGCCGUCCCCUGGGCUCCACAGCCCUGACCGGGUACACGCUGCUCACUUCCCAGCGUGAAUACCUCUGCCUUUUGGAUGACCUCUGCCCAAGCUCCUCUGGAGACCUCGCUCAGGAGGAGCCGCUGAGAGUGCUGGAGGAGCCGGUGAGCUUCCCGCUCUUCCUCGUGCACCCUUUCCGGGCUCAUCUUUGCUUCUGUGCGGGCACGCGAGGAGCGCAGCGCGCCUGGAGGCUCGGCCUGCAGGGUGCCAUCCGGCUGAGAGCCACCGUCCUGCAGCGCAGCCGGGCGCCUGCGGCCUGCGCCUUCCUGGAGGCUGUGCACCUCUAUCGACGACGCCGGGGCUUUGCCGGUGGCGACGACGCGACCCUGGGCUCUGAUGCGGAGGUGCUGAGCGCCGAGCUGAUGCGGGAACUGUUGCCGGCGCUGCGCGCACAGACGCUGCGGGGCCUGCGCGGUGCAGGGCGCGCCCGGGCCCGGGCCUGCGCGGAGUUCCUCGACGCUGUGCACGCGACCGUCCUGGCCCGGGUAUCCGCAGGGCUGCGCGCAUUCCAGCCAGAAAAAGACGCGCUGCUGGCGAAGCUCGAGAGGACAGUGCGCGCAGAGUUCGAGCAGAUCAUGCAGCAGCGAGCGCAAUGGGCAGAGAAAGUAGAAGCCGAGAUCCGAGACCCCCUGGAGGCAUGCCUGUGCCGCAUGGUGGAUCCGCAGCUGCCUCAGCUUACCCUUGCGCUGCUGAGCCCCGUGGAAGCCACGCUCCAAACCGUUCGCACUCUCCUCAUCCGGGGCAUGGACCGGCUGUCUCACCACCUGCACAAGAACCCUUCUGGCACACGGCUACGCCGGGAGGUUUAUGAAUUUGGGGAGAUACCUUGGGACCCAGAGCUGAUGCAGGCCUGCUAUCGGGAGGCAGAGAGAAACCGCAGCCACCUGGCCCAGCUGGCAGAACCAUUUGGCUUCCUGGGGAUGCGGAGCCUGGUGUUUGGGGCCCAAGAUCUUGCACAACAGCUUAUGGCGGCCGCUGUCACCACCUUCCUACAACUGGCUGACCAAUGUCUGACAUCGGCUCUGGACCGCGGCCAGACAGCUGAGCAGCUGGAGAAAGUCAGGGGCCUUGUGCUGAAGAAGUUCACCUCGGACAGUGAGACCUCUCGGUGGAGGUUCACCCGGGACUGGCUGCUGGGAAUCUUCUGGCCCUUCGUGUGGAGCCAGCUUGGGGUGAGCUCUAACUCGGAACAGCCUGAGGUGGAUGGGGACAUCCUGGGCAUGGGCUGCCAGGUUCUGACCACUGAGGGUGUCUGCAGGGACGUCAUCCAGGGCCUCCUUCUGCAGAGGAUUGACAGAGAGUUGAAAAAGAGUCUUGGUGCCAGUGACAGAGUGUGCUCUCCAGCUGGCUGCUCGGUAUCCCUGUGAACCAGGAAGGAGCAAAGGAGGGAGCUGAGGCUCAGGUCUGAAAUGGAGAGACCGACCCUGGUGGCCAAAUUCAGCCACUCCACCCACCAUUGCUUCCAAGAACAUUCCAGAGCUGGUCUUCACCCACGCCCAUCCUGGUGGACAAUGGAUAAAGACCCAAGUGUGUGAACUGCUUCUGGCUUUUCAACUGCUGCACAUCCAACAAAGCAUCUAGAUUGUAUGUUCCUGCUAGAAUUUGUACACUCAAGUUCUGAGCUAGCCUGGGCUACCAUAA